AUGAGUAAUGCGGCAGAUACCAAGGGGUUGAGGCGAACCUUUAUCGUCCCCUCGAUCAAGGCUUUUGAUCACUAUGAUUUCACAAGGGCCAAAAUAUACAGUAGCUUGACAUGGCUUGUGGCCAAAGCCUUCGGCUCAGGUAGGUGGCGCCUUUUUUAGUUUUCUGAAUAUUGGGGUGGAAAUGUGUCAAAUUUGAUGCAACAUUUUGACAAAUUGUGUCAGUGCGCACAUCUUCAGAGGGCUUAUCAUAAUUAACCUCGAUACUCCCGAUGGUCCAAGAGAGCAUGUCUUAUCUGUGUUAAAAAUGUGAUAUUUGACCUCAAUAGCCUUGUUGAAACAUCAUCUUCACCACGAGCGAUAAUUAAACAUGCUAAUUAGUAAUUGAAUUAGUCACACUUGGGCGCUCUAAUUGACGGUCUGUGUCUGAGGAGAAGUGCAGGUGAUGGGCAGACUAACUGUUGCGCAUUUGUCCAAUAUCUCAGAUUUGUCUGUUAUGAACACGGCAGAGGACGCUGUUGCUGUUGUUGAUCAUGUACUUAUUCUCCCAUCUGCAUUGAUGUCUGUGACAUUUGAUUGAUCAGCUACUGCAGCUGGUCCCUGAUGUUCACAGUAAUGGCCACAUGGCCCUAUACAGGUUGUUGGACCAUCUACAGUACUAUGAUCUGGGUGGUUUGAUCCCUGAAUGCUGAUUGGCUGAAAGCCAUGGUAUAUCAGACUGUAUACCAUGAGUAUGACAAACAAAGACUUUUUACUCUUCUAAAUACGUUGGUAACCAGUUUAUAAUAGUGAUAAGGCACCUCAGGGUUUGUGGUAUAUGGCCAAUAUACCAUGGCUAAGGGCUGUAUCCAGGCACUCUGUGUUGCGUCGCGCAUAAGAACAGCCCUUAGCUCUGGUAUAUUGGCCAUAUACCACACCACCUCGGGCCUUAUUGCUUAAUUAGAUCAAUCCAUGUGAUUUGACCAUUGACAAUAACACAGUUGUUACUUCACUGGGUGGUUGAAAUUAGAAUAGAAUCUAUUCUGAACAGAAAACAUUCAGAGGACCAUUUCCAGUUGUUUCUGGAUGACGGGCAACACUUGGCCUAUAUUAGAGGCUGCUACCAGGGUAGCUCCAGUGUAGUUGGGGAAAAAGGCUUGGCCUUGGCCAGGAGGCAGUAGGCAGCAGCAGCCCUAUAAAGUCAGUCAUUCUAGCUGGCUGGCUCAGUGGCUCAGGUUGACUGACUCCAGCUCUCUAAUGACGUUUCACUACCAUCCGCUCAGUCUGUGUACAGUAAUAAUGGACAGAGAGAGAGCAAGAGAGGGGUUAUGCUAUAGCUAGCCUUGGGAGCCAAGGAUUCUCACUUUCAAUGGCCACACGACACUAUGCUAUAGCCUGCUGCACAUAGACUAGCUAGCCCCUCCUAUAGUUUCCAGCAUGUCGUUUGUAAGCUUUUCUCAAGUGUAUAAAAUGGUGGAAAGCGCUCUCUAUGGUGGAAAGCCCUGUCAACUGCUCCCCUCGCCUCACCACUCUGCCGUAGAGGACUACAGGCUAUUAGCAUACCAGGACUGGGUUGUUUUUUCCUGUCCCUCCUGGUGACACACAUUACUGCUCCCUUCCAGCACCAUGAGAACUGUGGCCCAAUUCAUCAACCAAGUCUUAGUUUACACACACAGCCACGUUUGGUCUAGUUACUAUGGUUCUGACAGUAGUUUGACCCACGUAAUGCAGAAAAUUAAAAACAAUCUCUCCCAUUCAAAAUGCAUACUGAUCACUGAUGUAGAUCAACUGAAAUAUAGCCUACACACAGGUAAGGACUAUAAGCGUGAUCACAAGAGCAUGUACGGACACAUACACACUCACUAAAUAUUUUCCUCUAAUAUGACUAAUUUUGACCAAAGGCAUCUGUGUUUUCUGCUUUCCUGUCUGUACAGGAUCACUGACUAGGUCCCAAUGCUCUCUCUCGCGCUCUCUCUCUCUUUCUCGUCUAUGGGUGAAGUGAAAGUAGAUUAGGGUUAAGGUUUGGGAUAGGGUUAAAACAUAAAAUAAAAUAAAAUGUGUGCAUGCAUGUGUCUAAAAUGCUUUGUGAGCGGCUGUUAUAGAUGGUGCUCUCCACAGACCCUACUCUUCUCCUAUCUCUGUAACAUCUGUGGUGUGUUGACAUGGUAGAGACCCAGUCAGAGUGACAACAUUUGUCUCAGUUACAUCACAAUGCAGGGGCCUCCAGGCUGGGGACUGGGCCCGAGGGAAGGACCAACAGAAGAUGCUUCAGCUUUACAUACUGGCUCUGGGCACUAACACUCAUUAGUCUAAUAACGUGUGAAUUCAUCAGCCACAAUCAAUGUGAGUGACAACAGCUCUGGUCUGCUUUGGUCUGACUUAAUUGAUGUUCGUACUGCAUUGGAAAAUAAGUAGUCCAACAUUAAUUUACAUAGUGAGCAACUGAACAAAAAUAUUACCUCUGAAAGCCACUGCUAAAAUAUAUCAAGUUAUUUCUCAGCGAACUAGCCCACGUUUUGAAUCAGACAUUAUCAACUGCCAAUAUAGGCUGCACAGGUUUCUAAGAAAGUAAUAACUGCAUAGUAACAGAAAAGUAAUGUUGCUGACUGGUGUACAUUCUUUAAUGUUCCCUCCCUGUGCUGUGCUCCAAUUGGACGACUUCCUGUGGUCGGCACGAUAACGGUCGAUAUAUUCCAGGUCCCGUGUUUGGACUUCCUGUGACAGCUACUUCCUGUCUAUUUCCUGUUUGAUGGUCGACACAAAGGAGCUAGGUUUUCCUUGACGCGGCAGCUUUUGAUGAACUUGUGGAAAACGAAUACCUGCUUACUCUGUAAAGGUUGCAUCUGCACUCCACACUGUUAAAAAUAAGGGUGUUUUGUUGAUCUUCUAGAAAAUAUUUGAGGGCCAUAUGAACCAAGCCAUAGCACCCCUGUUUGGUUCUUUAUAGCACUAUUUCUUCUAGCAGCACUUAUAUUGCAAGAGUCUGUUAACAUUGUAAAGCGUAAUGUACCGUCCAGAGAAAGAUGUGUAGUAGACAGUGUUACGACUGUUUUUGGUAUUGUUGCUGUUUUAGGAGGCUAUGUGAGGUCAUAGGAGCUUUUGUCCACCCUCUCAGGGUUAUGAGGUGGUUUUAUAGUGGGGAGUGGGGACAGUAUGGGGACUUUAUAGUAGGGACAGACAGUUGUUGUGACUAGCUGCUGAAGUGACUGGCUGUUAAGUGGUUGUUGGAGUGGUAAACACCCGUCAUUGUCUUAAAUAGCCCACUUCAUCUCUCUGGGUAAAAAAACACCUUAGAAAUUAGCUUCUGAACCCUCCUUGGAAGAAAUGUAAUUUACUGAUAGGCAGAGUAGGGGGUGAAGAGUCCUCACUUAUGUCGGAAAUUAUACACAGAAAAAUAUCAAAAUUAGGCUAUUAUUUUUUAUUUUUUUACCCCCUGUAAAAAAUAUAUUGUAUGCGUACACGUCUCUGCCUUUCAUACAAGUAGGCUACAGUGUCCACUGCACAUCCCUGUUUCUUCUCGCCAGUCUACCAUCCAGGCCGAGUAGACCUUGUCUAGGGUAGGUUCAAGAAUAGAUUUUCAAUCGGGCGAAAAUAAAUUAAGCCUAUUGGACGGAUUAAGGACUAUUAGAUGGAGGAUAAUGGAAAGGAGGGCUGUACCUUUAACCUUUUCACGUGUGAGUUCCAAAUAUCUCUAACGGUCGCCCCCAGCGUGAGUUUUCUUAUGCACGUAAUGUCAGAAUACACUCACUGUUCCAAAAUGUGAUUGUUAAGCAACAGGACAGUUAACCCACACUGCCUCAAACCAAGGCAUGCUGCCUGCCAAUUAUCUAUAGGCUAUGUUUCAACUUGUCAAUUUCAAAAUAUGAUGAUGAAGUUCGCAUUUAUCCUUUACAAUAAAAGGUGACAUUUAGAAAUAAAGUUGUGAAAUCCUUUUAUUUUAGGUGCUUUUCAGACAACAAUGUUGUUUAGACGUGUUUGUUGCAUCAUAUGUUCUGUUACUACUGUUCCAAUCACGUAUUUGCGAUGGUAUGCUGCUGGGACCACUCAAGAAUGGUCACAAAUAUGUGAUCGUACCCGUCAAAGGGUUAAGAUGCCUGCGCUGUCUCCUGUUUCCCCCUGUUUGCACCUGUGAUUCACAGCCAUGGCGAGAGGAAAUGACCCCACGCACACCAGGAACACACACACACACACACACCACAAACACCCUCAUUACCCCAUACACACCCUUUCAACUAGGGAUUGGGGGAAAUCGAUACAGUUACAUGUCACAAUAUUAUUUUGGACAAUAUUAUAUAGAUUAGUAAACAAAUACUUCACACAGCUUGAGAUGCAGGUAUCAUUUGGUUAGCUAGCAAGAACUUGAAUGACUGUUAUCCAGUUAGUAUAUCGCUUGCGUUCACAAAUUCACUCUAGCUAUCUACUCCAAUUUCAGAGCACUCUCAUCUCAGUGUGCCAGAGCGCAGAAUAACUGAUGAAUUUAGUAACGCAACACCCACUGAAUAUAACUGACCGGUGUCAGUAAACAUAGGCAAAGAAAGUAAUAGUUAGUCACAAAUGCUCUAGAUAACAUGUAAACAGCCUAACCAGCUCUGCUAGGGCGAGUAAAAUGUUCAGAGUAAGGUGUUCUCUCAUUUGUGUCUGGAAGUAGCUAGCAAGCUAGCCGACUUUAGCCAGUUAGCUUUGCGUGCUUGGUUGGGACGAGCAUGCAUUGUUGGCAGGCAAGCUGCAGAAGGACGAGUAGGAUACAAUUCAACAUCGUUUAUCAGUGCAAUUUUGAUGGCCAACUAACUGAAAAAGUUUGAGAGGGUUUAUCUAAUGUUCCUUCAUUAGAUUUUAGCUCAUCUUUCUCUGGCUAGCAUUACUUGUUGAUCUUUUUGUCGUUGAUGUGCAUAACUGAGGGAGAGAGAGCCCACCUUUUCAUGGUUGUUUGAUCAAUAGGACUGUAAAGUUCCCAAAUGUAAGAGGACUCCCAAGUGGUAUUGACAUAUUUGCAGAAAUCCAUUCAGGUCUAUUUUGUGGCUUUUGGCGAGUGUGUUCUAAUGAUCCUAAGUCGCACUGUUGCAACUGCCUGUAAACACACAGUCCAAUUCAAAGUGAAUGAUGGCAGGCCUGUGUGGCAAAUAAAGGCCUACUGUAGCGCUGAUUGGCUAUGGCGCACUGGUCUGCGUCGACUCUGGAUGAGACAGAUGGUUUUAUUUACUGCAGUUAAUUGUCCAAACGCACGGCCGCUUUCCCACUCUAUAUUGCUAUAGAAUUUUCACAAAUGCCUUAGUAUACGUAAUUCCCAAACAUUCUAAGAAUUUAUGAAAAUGUGAAAAUGACAAUAUCUAAGUACUCGCAUGACAGAAAAUGUAAAAAAAAAAAAAAAGUCAUAUUCUUCCUGGGGGUGUAUAUGAACAGAUUUUAAUACGAUUUUAUUUAGCUAAAAUGCUGUCUGUUCCACUUUAAAUAGUGAGCAUGUUUUCAGCACUUUUAUUUCCAUGACUAAUCAAAACACAUUUUCUCAUGCUCUCUUGUCUCUCUGCGGCAGACAUAUACAGAGCAAUGUGUUUGGAACAUCAAAUCACAAUAAAAUUGCAGUAUCGAAUCGUAAUACAUAUAGAAUUGUGAGGAUCGCAAUACAUAUCGUAUCGGCACCCAAGUGUCGUGAUAAUAUCGUAUCGUGAGGUCCCUGGCAAUUCCCAGCCCUACUUUCAACCCGCUCCGCCCCUUUCUCUGCCUCAAAAACGCUCUCGGGAACUCUUGACUCAUCAUGUGAUGGCACACACGAGAGAAGAGCAAAAAGUGGUGUACUUUUUGCCCCAGAGUUUGAGUGCAGACAAGUCUAUUGUGUGUGUGUGUGUGUGUGUAUCUGGCUAUUUUAAAGAUAAAGUAAAUCAGAUGUAGCAUGUGAGUCAAUAGACAACAGACAAAGAAUAGCCUCUCUCUGUCUCACUCACUCACUCGCACACACACACACACACACACACACACACACACACACUAGGGUUGGGCGGUACCAUACCGGUGUAACAAUAUUACCGUCAGUGCACACAAGGGGUGCUAUUUCUUUACAAAGAAGCUUAGUCUUGCAAGCUAGCCACUUAGCUAGUAAGUUAGAAAAUCAAAUGCAUAGCUGGAUUCCUGAGCUGGAGAUAAUUUAUAUACCGCCCAAGCCUAACACAUGCACACACACUCUUAAACACACCGUCAGUGGAGAAGGUCUAAGAUCUGUGUGUGAGAGAAGCAUGUGUGCAAUGGGAGAGUGGGGCUCGCACAGGCACGCCUGUUGCCAUCACAGUGGACCCAUUCUGCAGGGGCCAGUACAGUCAUGACUGUAUUGUCAGUUAUUGUAUCACCAAACUAGCCUGUUCCCCCUCUCUCCACAGACACAACCCAAAUUGAGCUGACUGUAAUGUAUCCUCACAUCCUCCACAGAUGCCCUCCAGAGAAACGGGUGCUUUUACUCUGUUUAUGAAAUCUACACACUAACCCAUACCUAGAGCUGGGCGUAAUGGACAAAAAUCCAUAUUGCGAUAAAUUGCCUGAAUUGAUGCGAUAAUGAUAAAUAGAACGCUAAGUUUAUAACAUUAAUGUGCACCACAGUUUAAAAAAAGUAUCCUUUAAACUACUACUACUAGUUUUGAUGGUUGUAGCUAUCAAAUUGUCCCAUUAACAAUCACCCAUACUAACUUAUUUCAAACUUCACAUUUCUCUAGUAUAGGCUACUUAUCAUAAUGCCUGUGAUAAGAGAUCGGUAUGGUAAGUGUCGAUAAUUUGGGGUUUAUCGUCACAGCUCUACCCGUACCCACUCUCUCCACAGACACAUCCCCAGAUGACAGUUAUCAUAUCCCCAAACUAAUCCGGCUCCCUCUUUCAGAGAAACUAUGUUAAUCGUAUCACCACACUAACCCCUCAUCUCUCCCUCCACAGAUGCGGUCCCAGAAGAGCUGGCGGACCCCUUCUACAGGGACCAGUACAACCAAGAGCACCUGAAGCCCCCCGUGGCAUGCCUGCUGCUGUCUGCAGAGCUCUACUGCCGGGCGGGGAGCCUCAUCCUCCGCAGCGAUGCCGUCAAACCUCUGCUGGGACACAACGCCAUCAUCCAGGCCCUGGCACAGAAGGGACUGUAC